AUGGAUUAUUUUAAAUAUUCACAUUUAAACAAACAAUCAACCGCCAAUCAUCAUCAUCACCAUCAAGCUGAUGAUUAUCAUUACUACUAUGAUGAUUAUGAUGGCGAGAAUCACAAAGAUGAUUUAACAGUAAUGCAACCAAAUGUGUCAAUUAUUUUAUGUAAUAUUAAUCCAAUCAGAUUAUCCGCCUUAUUUUCAUUGUUCAAUGGAAGUGAUAUUUAUAGUUAUUUAAUUACAAAAUAUGGUAAAAUUGAUAUGACCAAUUUGUUAAAUGACACAUUUUUAACUCAAGAUAAAAUUAAACACAUGACUCAUUCACUUUCGUCAACAUUGAAAAGUUGUCAAUAUGGCGACGAUCAAUGUUCAAUUGACGAUUUCAAUUCAAUAUUUACAACACAUGGAUGGUGUUAUCAAUUCGAAUUGAAUAUUUCAAAAUCUACUGAAUUGAAAUUAAUCUUGGAUCCUGAAGAAUAUGACUAUCUGAUACCAAAUAAUGGAUAUGUUGGAUUUUAUUUAAAUGUACAGCAUAAAAAUUGUACAAUCGAACAUGAUUUAAACAAAAAUGGCGGUAAUAAUCAUAACAAUUAUGCUCAGUCGAUUAUUGUUGGACCGAAAUUCCAUUCGUACAUUAGUAUACAACAACAAUAUUUUAUCAGAAGAGGAAAUUAUUUCGAUACAGACAUUAAUAAAGAUAUUUGCCCAACAUAUCAUAUACAAUCAGUUGUACAACUGGAAAAACUUCCGAUUCAAAUUCAUUUAUUACAAAAAUUCAAUGUGAAUUUGUUUAAACGAAAUGGUACAAUAGUUCAACAUGGUAUACUAUAUCAACAAAAAGCAUUUUUACAAAUUUUCAAUCAUACUGCAUAUCAUUUAAUUAAAAAUUUGUCGAAAGAAUUAUAUCAUGCUCGGAAUUUAGCAAAAUCCGCUACAGAACAUAUAUGGACUAUGUAUAAACAGUUGAAAUAUUUAAAUGAAAACUUCAAAUCAUUGAAAACACUUCAAACUACUAGUAAUAAUGAUUAUCAAUGUUCUACACUCAUCUAUAAUUUGUUUCAAUCAGUUGGUAAAGAUAUUUUAUCUAAACAUAUACUAUCAAUAAUUCUUGACACUGAUGAAGAUGAUGUAGGCGUGGAUGAAGAAAGCAAGGAAGGAGAGAAUGGAACAAUUCGAUAUCUUAGACAAAAUGAAACAUUGAAUCAAAUUGAAUUAUUAUUGAUUAAUAGUUUUUUCGAAACAAAAGUUAUUGUAUCACCAAGUUCUUCAUUGUUACGUAAAAUUUUAACUAUGGCUAUGAAAUUUCGUUAUCUUCUAUCCAAUAACCAUAAUCAAACUACACUCCUGUCUCAUCACAAAAAUAUUUCAUCAGCGAUUAAUAAUGUACAUUUAAAAACUACUCACCUUCCAUUAACAUUCACUAAUCAGAUGAAUUGUAGUAAACUCAUUACAUAUUAUGAAGAACAAAUUAAUCAAUGCAGUGAAACAGUUAGUUUAGCAUUGACAAGUUUGAAUUAUAUCAAUUUAGAGCUACAUAAUGCAAUAAAAAGUAAUCAAUUGACACGAUUGAUAUUUCCAAAAUCUUCUACACCUUAUAAUGAAUUGUCUGCUUCAAGUAUGGUUAGUUUAAGUAUCAGAAUGUCAAAAAUGAAUAUGCCUACACUGCAUCAAUCGUCCACAUCAUUGCAUAUGGAUAGUUAUUUAAAAAACUUACUACUUACAAUAUUUAUAAGUAUAUUCACAUUAUAUUUAACAAUAUUUAUUCUAAUUGAAUUUUGUACAAUGAAACAAACCAUGAUAUUGACCAAUCAGAUUUGUUCACAAUCAUGUCAAUUGAUCGAUACAAAUCAACACCAUCCACCUCGUUGUCGUAAUCAUCAUCAUCAUCAGCAGCAACAGCAUCAGGAUGAACCAUAUCAUCUACAAUCAUUACAUCGAUAUAAUCAACUGAGAUCAUUUGAAACAUCCUCACCGAAUAAUAAUAAUAAGAAUCCUUAUUAUUAUCAAACAUAUACUCAAAACUAUUAUGACAAUCAUGCAAAGAAUGGUACUUACUUCACAUCUGAUCAGUGCAAUUUAAAUGAAGCUGCAAGUAUUCACAAUGAUAAUAAUAAUAAUAAUAAUCUUAGUAAUACGCUGAAUUCAUUCAUCAGUCGUAAACAAGAACAUUGCGUACAUGAACCAACCGCACUAUUGCAUACAUCAAACAUCAUGUAUCAAUGUGAUAAUAAUAUAUGUCAAACUAAAGCCCACCUACAUGAUACUAUUGAAGAUCUGGAUGAAAUCAGUGUUGCAACACAGAUACCGAAUUCGUUAUUGCCAAAAAUUGGAACAUUAAACGAUCCGAAUCUGAGUGAAACAAUUCUUUUAACGCCAAAAUCAAUGCCAACCCCCUACUCCUGUUGUUCUUCUUCACCCACCUCCUCCAAAUAUCAUUUUCAUUCACCGUAUAUUCGUUGGAAUAUCACCAAUCGAAUUCAAUGA